AAGGAUACAGCCGGAAGUCAGCGUUGAUUGUCCUGCUACUCGUCGCUUGCUUAACAGACUUAACAGGUGAAUGUCGGAUACAUGAAACUCGGCACUACGACAAACCAAACAGCCUGGCUGGAUUUCAUCAUGUGCGGAAGUUGAGAGAGUACCGGGCCUGGUUAGUGUCUCCUGUAUACUCAACUUUCACGUCACACGCAGCAGACGUUCAACGACAUCGGUUAUUGAGAUAUUUGAGAAUGGACGACCAUCCUCGUGAAACGCCGCUGUUUACAUUCGGCGUGAUAGCUGACAUUCAGUACGCAGACAUCGACGACGGGUACAAUUACAGCUGUACGAGGAGGCGUUACUACCGGAGCAGCCUCCAGCUGCUGAGAAAUGCCCAGAAAAGUUGGUCAGAGUCGGCUGUCCAACCAGAGUUCAUCCUCCAGCUGGGAGACAUUAUAGACGGCUUUAACAAGGGCCACGACGCCUCCGACCGCGCGCUGGACACCGUGCUGAGAGAGUUCAGCUCCAGUCCCGUGGAGGUCCACCAUGUGUGGGGUAACCACGAGUUUUACAACUUCAGCAGGAGCGCGCUGCUGUGUUCAAAGCUCAACAGCACACUCCACACGGAGAGAUGCCUGAGCGAAGCCCCGUCUGCCAACGAACUGUACGCCUACCAGUUCAGCCCGUUCCCCGGAUUUACGUUUGUUGUGCUGGACGCCUACGAUGUUAGCCUGCUAGGCAGAGAGAAGUCCAGUGAACAGUACAGCGAUGCUAUGGGUGUGAUCAGACGGUACAACAACAACGAGGAUCUCAACUGUCCCCCAGUGUUUAAUGGCCCGCUGCAGAGGUUCACAAUGUUCAAUGGUGCGUUCAGUAAGGACCAGCUGGACUGGCUAGAUUCGGUUCUGUCCUCGGCCGAUGACAAAAGGGAAAGAGUCACAAUAGUCAGUCACCUUCCUGUCCACCCCUGCUCUACAGAUGAGAUCUGCCUCUCCUGGAACUUCGAUGAGCUCCUAGCCAUCAUACAGUCCCACAGCAGUGUGGUGUGUUUCAUGGCUGGACACGACCACGAUGGGGGAUACUACCAGGACAAAGACACGGGAGUGCACCACUUGACGUUAGCGGGGGUGAUUGAGACUCCACCUGACAGCAACGCCUUCGGCACAGUCUCUGUGUACAAGGACAGGAUGGUGCUGGAGGGGAACGGGAGGAUCACUGACCAAGUGUUUCUGUUUCAAUCCCAACCCGAAUGACACAGAUCAUACGGCGAUAUUACACAUGCUGUCAUUAAGAUUCAUAAAAUCCAAAUAUUUGUGGAAUGCUCUGGAUUUGGAGAGGUUUAUCCUGCGCAACCAUUCAGAGGAUGUUUGUUACAUUCAUUUUAGAUGCAGUGUGGAGUGUCUACUUACCUCAGCAGAGAAAAUACAGUACCUCAAAUACUUGAUUGCACUUUAUUGAUUGAGUUUAUAUUAUUUAUUAUUCUGACAAAGUGUGGAGUAAAUAUUAUUGUGUUUUAAUUUUUAGGUUAAUUGAUGGUUGCAAUUGAUGCCUUUAUGCACGUUGCAUAUUGCACAUACAGAAACUGAUUUUCUUUUACUGUUAAUUUCAGAGCACUUUACUCUACUGUGCAAUGUAGAUAGAUUUGAUCGUUGCAGUGUAUUGCUAGCUAUGACUUAUAUAAAUCCCAGUUAGAAGUUAGAAGUUCUGCUCAAGAUAAGCGCAAAUUUGUAUGAUUCACAAUGUAAAGCAAUGUAACAAAUAAUAAAAAUGUACCAUCAGUAGUUC